CACCCAGCUAGGGACUGGGACAGACUGCUUCCCACUUCAUUUCUGCAUCUAUCGCACUCGACGUCAUUCUUCCUGUAUGGUGGAUAUUAUUUUUAAAUCUUCUUUCUUGGGUGAUAUGGGGGAUCAUUCCAAAAAGAAGUCUGGUAUCGCAAUGUGUGUCGGCUGUGGAAGUCAGAUUCAUGACCAGUACAUACUAAGAGUUUCCCCGGAUUUGGAGUGGCACGCCGCAUGUUUGAAGUGCGCGGAUUGCAAUCAAUACCUGGAUGAAACCUGCACUUGCUUCGUCCGGGAUGGGAAGACAUACUGCAAAAGAGAUUAUGUAAGGUUAUUUGGCAUUAAGUGUGCUAAAUGUAACCUUGGCUUCAGCAGCAGCGAUCUCGUCAUGAGAGCUCGGGACAACGUCUAUCACAUCGAAUGUUUCAGGUGUUCAGUGUGUAGCAGGCAGCUUCUGCCAGGGGAUGAGUUCUCUUUGCGGGAGGAGGAACUGCUAUGUCGGGCUGAUCAUAGCUUAUUGAUGGAGCGGGGUUCUGCAGGAAGUCCCAUCAGUCCCGGACAUAUCCACUCCAACCGGUCACUCCACUUGGCAGACCCAGUGACAGUACGACAGACAACACACAGAAAUCAUGGUCACAAGCAGUCCGAGAAGACCACGCGCGUACGGACAGUGCUGAAUGAGAAACAGCUUCAUACCCUGCGGACUUGCUACAAUGCCAACCCGAGGCCCGAUGCCCUCAUGAAGGAACAGUUGGUAGAAAUGACCGGCCUCAGCCCGAGAGUUAUACGAGUUUGGUUCCAGAACAAGCGCUGUAAAGACAAGAAGAGAUCUAUUCUCAUGAAGCAACUUCAACAACAGCAACACAGUGACAAAACCAACCUCCAAGGACUCACGGGUACGCCUCUCGUAGCAGGCAGUCCAAUUAGGCACGACAAUACGGUUCAAGGUAACCCCGUAGAGGUGCAGACCUACCAGCCCCCUUGGAAAGCCUUAAGCGAGUUCGCGUUGCAGAGUGAUUUGGACCAGCCUGCCUUUCAACAACUGGUGUCUUUCUCAGAAUCGGGCUCCUUGGGUAAUUCUUCCGGAAGCGAUGUUACUUCUCUAUCUUCCCAGUUACCCGACACUCCAAACAGCAUGGUACCGAGCCCUGCCGAUACAUGAGACCGACCAAAGCCAGAGAACCCCAAGAAAAGCAUGUCCCCGACACCCUGCAUGUGAACGACCUAGUUCAUAAACAUAAAAAAUAAAAAACAUCAGCUGAAGACAGACCUUUGAAGAGGAUAUAGCAUGACAGAGACAGUUUGUGAACAAUUUCCUAUAAUGCAAAAACUCUCUCAAGACUUAGUUAGCAUCGUGAGAUUUUGGUUGAGCCGAAGGCGAUGCAACAACUUGGUGACAGGAGUCCAACAGAAGUGGAGCCAUCUUUAUGGAUAUACAAACCUUUUUUCGUUUGAACUUAAUUGGGAGCCAUCUGUGUCGAACCUUACGAACAUUUUUAUUUAAUUCAUGGCCAUCGGUGUUUUUUCGUCAACGUGAUACAUGUUUUUUUGUUUUUUGUUUUUUCUAUUUCGUUAUUGAGUCGUGUUUGUCUUUAUGCGCAUGGUUUCCGAAGGUGACAUGAGAGAUACUUGUAAAAUAGUUUACCAUAAUGUACGGAGGACAGACUAUUUGAGCCUCUUUGAGAACAAAAUAAGUUAUUGUUAUUUAUUGUCAGAACAAGUUCAUACAGGAAUAUCUGACCGUAAUAAAAUAUGUUAAAUGCUCA